AUGUCUCAUCUUUAUAUAACUUUACAUUCAUGUUCUAUUUCGCGUAAUGUAGUAUCAAUCAAGUGUUGCAAUUUUUCUUUGCGGCAAACACCCCUUUAUAUGCUCUAUCAAUUUCUCUUCUUUAAUCACUUUUUCUUUUCUGCUUAUUUUUUUUUUUUUUUUUCAUUUUUCUCAGUUAUGUCAACUCCUACGCCUCAACAAAAGUUUGGCAACUUCAUUGCUUUUUUGCUAUACUACCAACAAUCUCUUUCGCAAGAUCCGUACAGGGGAAAACUCGAUGCAAUAAAAUGGGCUUUUGCUUAUUUUUGCCAAAGAAGAGGCAUUGACGAGGAGUUUGAAGACCUUGCCGCUUUCGAUAACUUUUUGCAGCAAUUCAAUGAAAUAUCUGGCAAUGCUUUGGUGUUCUCUAAUGGCAGUUACGGUGACUUUAAAAUCUUGUCGUACAUAAAAAUAACCAACGUGUACUUACUUCGGGAACGACUUGACAACCAAUGCCAAUUGCCUAUUGGGGAAAUUUCCGAUGCAGGCCCGCCUAAAGCUGAUAAGGCCCCACUCAAGCGUUUACAGACCCUCUUGGAAAAACCACUCGGCACUGUUGUGCCUGCUGCAAAUCCGAAAGAGAAGGGCUUUUCUUUUGACUUGGAUCGACUCUCAUCAUUGAUAAGUGAACCUACUGCUGCCACUCGAUUGGGAAUUUCGCGGGCACAACUUUUGACUGCAAAAAAGCCUUUUAUGGAUAUAUGCGAGUCUGGUAGCCAUAGCCAGAUGCUCGCCAACUUAUGUUUGGGUUCGAAAAACAUCGGUAACAGUAUCCAUGACUUGCCAUCAAAUGCAAAAAUCCAUAAAGUUAUAAGCUCUUGCAAAUCGCUUAUGGACAAGCAAAUACAAAAUUGCGUCAAAUCGAAAGUUCAUUUUUUGCCAUUGGUCACAGGUGUGACAGACUUGUAUUUAGGGAAUUGUUCCUACUUGGAUACCUGUCAUAAGUUGAAAAGCUGUCGCUAUUUGCAUUACUACACGUUGAAUCCACCGCCGUCAGCAACCAAGUCUAAGGAUUCAGAGUCAAAACCAGUGCUCGCUCUCGACUAUACUGUGGGUGAAUGCCACGAUACAAUUCGUCGCCAGGAGACACCAGCUCAGUGGAUUAGCUGCGAUGUGCGUCACUUGCCUUUUAGUAUCCUAGGUAAGUUCUCGGCCAUCAUCUCUGAUCCUGCUUGGGACAUCCACAUGUCACUUCCAUAUGGGACGUGCAAAGACGCAGAACUUUUGUCUUUGCCCAUGAACCAAUUGCAAGACGAAGGUAUCUUGAUGCUCUGGGUAACGGGCCGCUCAAUUGAAAUUGGUCGCCGAGCAUUGGCACAAUGGGGCUACUCUGUGUCUGAUGAGAUGAUUUGGAUUAAACUAAACCAGUUGCGCAGGACUAUAGUUACAGGCCGUACUGGCCACUGGCUUAAUCAUUCGAAGGAGCAUUUACUUGUGGGUAUCAAAGGCAACCCAAGGUGGCUCAACCGUAAAAUCGACUUAGAUUUUAUCGUCAGUGGUACCCGCGAGACGCUGCGGAAACCGGAUGAGCUUUACGGUGUGGUUGAGCGUUUAGUGGGACGCCAUUCACGCAAAUUGGAAAUUUUUGGGCGUGAUCAUAAUAUUCGCCCUGGUUGGUUCAGUACGUAUCAUUCAUUCAUUUACUUAUUCAGGUCUCCGUUCAUUCAUUCAUUUCGUCGUUACUAA